AUGCCCUGGAUGGCCGACGAAUCUGUAGAUAAGGAUGAAUUGAUGGAGCGCCAGUUUCGUCGCGACCAAUGGAGAAACCCUUCGGCAGAACGAGUGCUCAUCUGGGAGAUCCGGUACCUCAAUACUACGCUCAAAGCACUACAGGAAUUGAUGAAAAUGGGGUCAUCACUGCGGCCAGACCAGAUGCUGACGAUAUUCACGCAUCACUACCCGGGGAAGCCGUGGAACUGUCAACAGAUUGUGGAUGCGCUAAAAGGGAUGGGCUGGGGACGAUUUAUGGGUGAUUCGUGGGAUUGCUUUCACGUCAACCAGAUGUACGACCGAUACGUUUCCAAAAUUGACAAGGUCGAGUAUGGUGUUCCUUUGCAGAAUUUUCCCGAUGACUUCGAAGUCCACCAUCUCUAUCUGACGCAUGAGAGCACAGGAGUAAUGAUGAUGAUCCGGUGGCCGCAGCGGUACGCAUAUACUUGCAAUGGAGAUUACCACGUGUUUUCGAUCAUCAACCCUAGGCACCGA